AUGGCGGAGCCAGAAGAUCAAGGGCACAUACAGGUGUCCCCUCGUGGUCUGAACCGCUACAGGCAAGCCCCUUCCACCAAGGAAGAUAUCCAAAACCUGCUGGUGGAUAUUAAGAAAUUGCUGGCUACAGAUAUGGCGAUCCUACGUGCAGGGGGUCAAUGUCAGAGUCAAGGCCUCCGAGAGGGACAUUGCAGGGCUCAGAGAAGACGUUUCUUCCCUCAAAACAUCACUACACACCCUGAAGGGCCCAACAACAGGCCCUCUCCAUACACUAUGCAGCCCUUGACGAGCAGUCCAG